AUGGGCGAAAUUGUCCCUUACAAUCCUAUUGAAGACUCGAUCGAUGACCUCCAACACCGCUGUCAACCGUUCGUUUUAGAAUGGAUCUUCGGCUUCAACCCUCGGGUUCCGCUGGUCAACCUAACAACCCGAAAGGACUCCAAAGAACUGGUGAUGGCAUCCGGCAAUGCACUCAUAUUCUACAAGUUGGAGAACCAGACGGAGGUCGCCCAUACCUUGGUUGGUCAUAAAUCCAACGUUACUAUGAUCCUCUCCGACGCGUCCGGGCGGUUCGUAGCGUCCGCCGACAAUCUUUACAGCAUCAACAUCUGGGACCGCGAAGGCAAUCCAGGUGGUGCUCCACUGGCCAUCCGGACCAUCUACGAACCGUUCAAAUCAUCAGAAAUCAACGCCAUCGGGUUGAGCCAAGAUGGCCGCUACCUCGUGGCCGCCUGCAGCGGGUCCCAACAUCUCCUCCAGCUCUGGCAGUGGACCGUCGGCAACGACGCUCCGGACGAUUCCGUUGAACUCCCGCCGCGGUUGGGCAAAAUCAAGAACAUCCGCUUCUGCGCGGACCACGGAAAAAAGAACCACUUCAUAAUAACCCUGGAGAACGCCGUAAUCUUCGGGUACUUCGACCCCCGCAAGCAAAAACUCUUCAUCGAAGUGCCCAAAAAGCACGGCUUCCAGGACUACAACGAUUCGGUCUUCGUGGACGACAGCGCGAGGGCAGUGUCCGUGACGGGCGCCGGAAUGGCCAUCGUGUGGGCCGAUGACAAAAAACUCGACGGACAGCUGAAGAAACAGUUCCUCAAGUAUCUGCACCUGAAGUACGCGUCCAUCAACGUGAUCAAGUGCUGCGACCGGAAGCUGAUCACGGGCGACGACGACGGGGAGAUUCGGUUUUACGACGCGCACAUGCGCAUUUUGUACUGGUUCAAACAGGAAGAUCCGGAACCGAUUCGGACCAUUUCGUUCGGGGUGCUGCCGCGGAAGUACGUUUUUGAGGGGGAUCAGAAUGGAGGAGAAAACGAAGAACAGGAAGUCCUGUGCAUGGAUUCACUGCCGAGGGAUGUGUCGUUGGAAGGUAACCCGGUGAUUGUGAGGAGUUUCAUAAUGGCCACGAAGUCGGGAAGAAUUUACGAUGUUGAUAUUGUGCAAAAUAAGAUUCAGGAGCUGUACUAUCCUUCCGGAAGCAUUAUCACUGCGUUUGACGUCCACCCGAAAGAACAACACCUUUGCUGCUGUGACGGAAACGGAAAGGUUACAAUUUUCGACCUGCAAGAAAAACAACCCAUCAUGAACCUAAACGUCCCAAUCCAGCGAACCCGUCGUGGCCGAAUCACUGCUCUAAACUAUUCACCAUGUGGCACCUUCCUGGUGGGUGGCGCCGAAAAUGGCUACAUUUGGGCGAUUAACCCGGCGACGAUGAUCAUCAGCGAGGACAGCCCGCUGCAGUACAGUUGCGAGAAGAUUCGCCAGCUGGUGUUUGCCCCGGACUCGAAGCUGCUGGUCUUUACCGACGACGAAGGAUCAGUGGGUCUGCUUCAGCGGGAGAACGAAAGCUGGAAGCUGCUGGGCAAAUGUGUUUCACAUAAAACGGUGCAGGUUUUAUUUGUGACACUUUCGAGGUUUCUUUCGGUUGGAGAUGAUCGACAUUUGGUUGAAUACAAAACAGAAAUCGGAGAUAGUGGACGAGUAGAAACAUUUAACAUCACAGAACGAAUCAAAAUUGAACAAUCAGCUCAUACGGUAUCAGCUCUUCUGUUGCCUGAAGAUCGUUUACUCGUGAGCAACGAUCAGCUGAAAUUGAAAAUAUUUGACCUAAAUACGUUUGGCAUUUUGCACACCUUUUUGGGUCCUUUCCUUGAUGGACCUGUUCGAGAGCUGAAUUUGCUUCCAGGUGGCCAUUUCAUCACAUUCAUGACCAACAAGAACCUCUACAUCCAGCAGCUGCCAAUCGAUGGAAAUCCGUUCAAGUACAUGGGAAUGUUUGCCCACCCUAAAUUGCUAAAAGCGAGCCGUCCCAUGAAGGAUCAGCUAAUGUUUUGCUUUGGUGAAGGAGAUCAUGCCAUAAGCAUGUGGAGGAUGAAUACUGUUCCCCUGAUUGAGAACCAGAAACAUUGUGGCCCUGGACUGGAUCCGUUCUGUACGUUGCUUCCCGGUGGGAAAACUGGAUGCUAUGUUAAAGAGAUGUUGAGCCUCUUUUUCUACAAUCAAAUUUCGCCAAAAAAUGGCGAUGAGGAUACGGAAAUUGCGAUCCGUGACGCUAUGGACAUACGGGAUAUUCCAAACUACAUGAGAAGCAUCGGCUUCCAUAUGACGCAAUUUGAGGAAGACAACCUCACCGCGGAAAUCGCCCUCCUCAACACUCCCUCCCUAACCUUCGCCGAGGUGGUCCAACUGUUCCUGAACCAUCGCUCGCUGCUAAACCCCAGCUGCGAGGACAUCCAGGCCGCCCUAACCUGCGUCACCGGUGGCAUCUUCGAGUCGGUGGAGCUGGGCUCCUUUGUGGGGGCGCUCUCGUCGCUGGGCGAACGAAUCGACGCCCGCGAGUUGACGUUUUACGGGGAGGUUCUGUUUCCCGAGUGCGUUCCCAGGGGGGAUGAAGAGGGUGGUUCGUUUUUGGUGCCGCUUGAUGAGUUGGCGGAAAAAUUGUGUUGA